CCGAUCAACGGUCCAGACCCGAAGGCACUCAGUAGGCCUGAGGCCGACCCAGCACUACAUAAGCUGGGUACCAGCCUCAGUCAGUUAUACUCAGAGACUAUUGCAGCUGAACUUCGCAAAUGGGAACAGGAAGAAGACGCCCGCCAGCAGGCGAUCCAACGACAGGUGGCAGAGGCCGAGGCAGCACGUCAGCAGGCCGAAGCAGAAGCGGCAGCAGCCGCACUGUUGCAACAGCAGCAGGUCGAGGCAAGUCAGAAUCAAGCUCGUUACCAGGCUACAAUGGAGCUCGCCAACGAAGAAGCCACGUACCGGAGGAUACUUCGACAACAGCACUUUCGAGCGAACGAAGAACAAGAGGAGCCAACCGAGGAAGAGAGAAGCAAGGAGGAAAUAGCGGUACUAAUGGAACACAUGCUGUACACGUGGAAUUGGCAGCAACGCAAGCUGCUGGCCAUGCGGCAGACCUUCAUCCGCCACGAAGCAACAUUUCGGACGCAGGAACAGUUGAUUCGACAGGCAGUGCAGUGGCAGACUGCAGCCCAGCUUUGGCCGCACAGGCCAAGCAACUUGAGGAGCGGAUCAACAGCGUAGUCGCAUCCCUUGGCGACAUCAGCACAUUUGCUGGGACGUCUACGGUCAGCAAUCAGCUGCAGACGCUCAGCGACCGCGUUCAACAACGAACGGACGCCACCUUCAAGGAAUGGAAGAUGCCGAACUUCAAGAUUGAGAAGUUCGAUGACUACCACAAGACUGAUUUGUUGCAAUGGUCGAUGGCAUUCAAGGCGGAGGAAGAUGUACAUCAUACCCCACCACUACGGCGGCUUGACGCACUCUACCUCCAAUUCAUCGGAGGCGCACAAGCUUUCACGAUGCACAUGGCUGUCACGUUGGAAUGCACCAUCGCCACCCUCCACACCAAGAUCACGUGGGAGGAGUUCGAGAAGAAGUGGAAGACCCGGUUCAUGGUCAACAACGACAAACGUCACGCCUUGAACAAGAUUUUUCCCAUGUUUCAAGGGCAGCAACCAUCACAGGAAUGGCUGACGGAGUGGCAAAGACUCGUCGCCACCCCGGAGUUGAACCUGCCAUUCGACGCAAUCUGGGCCGAAUUUUUCGCCCGCUCUUGCGAUGCCUUGACAGCUGCCCUUGGCAGCGAAUUCCAAUAUGAGACCUUUGAUGAGAUGAUAUCAAAGGCAAGGGAACUCAUACAAGGUAAGUGGCGCGCGGCCAAUGAGGCCCGACAACAGCCCGAUUACGUGGAGAAAGGAAAAGGUCAGCGGACGCAGCAACUGGCAGCGAUCCAGCAAGGAUCUAGUGAGGACCACGCUGCAGCUUCAACAUCAAGUGACGGAGAUGUGGCGGCAGCGAUACCACCGCAACGCUCAAGACCCCGAGGGGGAAAACAUAAAGCGAAACCAGCGUCGGCGGAUGGAGCACGACAUAUCACCUCCGUCGAUGGACAGCGGAGUAGCUAUCUUGCGAAGAUCGACCGCGAGCACUCAACGCCACGGUACGUCGACAUCGAUGCGCCGCUCCUCUACAUCCGCAUUCAGAUCGGAAAGGCGACCUGCAGUGCCUUGAUCGCUUGUGGAGCGUCUCGCAACUACAUCAGCCAAGACUUAAUGGCACGCGCCGGGCUAGGCCCGCGCGUUCGAAGGAAAAGUCAGCCUACGCACGUCACGUUGGCCGAUGGUCACAUGCAAAAGUCAAUCGACCGUUGCCUUGACUCCGUGCCCGUGUACUGUGCCCCGCUAGCAUGCGAGGCCGUGUCAUUUGACAUAUUGGACACUAAGUUUGACAUGAUUUUAGGCAUGUCAUGGCUGCAAAGCAAAGACCAUCCGGUGAACUUUUAUCGACGCACCGCUCAUAUUUGUGAUCGGCGUGGGGAACUAGUCCCGUGUACGGUGCCGCUUCCUCAUCCUUCGAUUGGUUGUCACGUGGUCUCCGAGGCAAGCAUUCGCCAAUCCAUCCGGCGGAACGACAUCGAGGAGAUGGGCAUAUGUUUUUUUCUUCACGCCCUCCCACCUGGUGAUCAGCCCAAGACGGACACAUCGGACCCAUGGAUCAUUGAGCUUUUGGACAACUAUGAGGAUGUCUUUCAAGCUCCCGCUGGAGUCGUACCGGAUCGGCCCAUACGCCACAGGAUCACUCUCGAGGACGGCGUCGUACCUCCGCGCAGAUGUAUUUACUGCAUGAGCGAAGAGGAGCUUCAAGUGCUUCGGGCACAACUAGACGACCUCUUGGCCAAGGGCUGGAUUCGCCCUAGCUGUUCGCCAUACAGUGCUUCGGUUCUCUUCGUCCGAAAGAACAACAAGGACCUUCGUUUGUGUAUCGACUAUCAGAAACUUAACGCGCAAACGAUCAAGAACGCCGGCCCUCUCCCUCGGAUCGAUGAUCUUCUCGAGCGACUAGGCGGCGCCAAGUACUUCUCGAAGCUUGACCUCAAGUCCGGAUAUCACCAGAUCGAGAUCCAGCCAAGAGAUCGGUACAAAACCACAUUCAAGACGUGGUAUGAGCACUUUGAGUGGAUCGUCAUGCCUUUCGGUCUCACCAAUGCCCCGACUACUUUCCAAGUGGCUAUGACGACGGAAUUUCGCGACCUGCUCGACCGCACCGUACUCAUUUACCUUGAUGACAUCUUGGUUUAUAGCCGGUCGUUGGACGAGCACCUUCGCGCCGUUUUGGAGCGGCUCCGUAUCGCCAAGUACAAGGCGAACCGCGACAAGUGCGAGUUUGCCCAGCAAGAGUUGGAGUAUUUGGGCCAUUACGUUACGCCGCAAGGCAUUCGUCCGCUCGCAGACAAAGUACAAGCCAUUCAAGAUUGGCCGGACCUCGUGUGUACCACCGACAUCUGCUCCUUUCUCGGCUUAGCAUCUUACUACAUGCGCUUCGUCAAAGGGUUCCAACGGGUCGCUGCACCAUUGUCGCGACUUCAGUCCCCCUUGGUGCCCUUCAAGUUCAAUGACGAAGCCCGACACGCGUUCCACACGCUGAAGACGACCUUGCUCCAAGCUCCCGUCUUGGGCAUCUAUGACCCGACCUUGCCUACCAAAGUGACUACGGACACUUUCGGCUACAACAUUGGCUUGGUUUUGGAACAGCAUGACGACACAAACUGGCAUCCGGUCGAGUACUUCAACCAAAAGCGAUUUCACUGGCUGGACAUCAUCAGCGACGUCAACUGGUACAUUCAGUCAUGUGCAGUUUGCCACCGGAACAAAGGGCGCCAUCAGCUCCUGUACGGCGAACUGAAACCAUUGCCGAUUCCUUUCCCUCGCGAUCGUCGUGGCCAUGAUGGUAUUCUCACGGUCAUUGACCGUUUGAGCAAGUACGCUCGAUUUCUUCCAUGCAAGUAUCACGUGACGGUUCCCAAGCUCGCACGACUCUUGCACACCGGCUGGUUUUGCAGCCACAGCGUUCCGGAAGACAUCGUCAGCGACCGCGACACUCGUUUCAUGUCAGCCUUUUGGACGACACUCAUGGUGGAAUCCGGCACCAACAUGAAAUCGAGUUCCACACGGCAUCCUCAAAUGGAUGGGCAAACGGAACGUGCGCACCAGACUACGCAGAUGAUGCUCCGCACACUCAUCCGCCCGGAUCAAAAGGACUGGGUUGACCGCCUUCCCGACAUCGAGUUCGCCUACAACACUUCGGUGCACUCGACAAUCGGUGUGACUCCUUUCGAGUUGCACCAUGGUGGACGAAAAGGUCGUAUCUUCGCAGACAUUUUGCUUUCACAGGCUGCCGAUAUCGACGCCGCUUGCUCCCCCGCUUCUACACGGAAGUACAGGGAAAUGCUGGCCAAAGACCGCGUAAAUAUGCAAAAGGCUUAGUUCUGUAUGCAGCAGCAAGCGAACCGGCGUCGCAUCCCAUGUCCAAUCCGUGCCGGCGACCUUGUUUGGGUCACCUCCGAGGAAUUCACGCUCGAGCAGCACAUCUCGCGCAAGCUCCUCCCGAAGUGGUUUGGCCCAUGGAAGGUCACUUCACCAGCUGGCGACGACCCCGCGGGUCCCUCCUUCAUAAUCAAGAUUCCCCUGCAUU